GAACCGCCCGGGCGCGCUCCCGCGACCUUCGCUCCGGGGAACUGUAGAGAGCGCAGCCAUGGCCAUGGCCAACGACGCCAAGCCCGACGCCGAGACGCUGCAGGUGCUGCAGGACAUGGCCCACCGCCUGCGAAUCCACUCCAUCAGGGCCACGUGUGCCUGCAGCUCCGGGCACCCCACGUCGUGCUGCAGUGCCGCGGAGAUCAUGUCGGUGCUCUUCUUCUACGCCAUGAGGUACAAAGGGACCGAGCCGGAGCACCGCGACAACGACCGGUUUGUCCUCUCCAAGGGCCACGCGGCUCCAAUCCUCUACGCCGCUUGGGCCGAGAUAGGCGACAUCCGCGAAUCCGACUUGCUGAGCUUGAGGAAAAUCCACUGCGACUUGGAGGGCCACCCCACGCCUCGACUCUCGUUUGUGGACGUGGCAACAGGGUCCCUGGGGCAAGGACUAGGCGCUGCCUGUGGAAUGGCGUACACGGGCAAGUACUUCGACAAGGCCAGCUACCGGGUGUUCUGCCUCAUGGGAGAUGGCGAAUCCUCAGAAGGCUCUGUCUGGGAGGCUUUGGCUUUUGCUUCCCACUACAGUUUGGACAAUCUCGUGGCAGUCUUCGACGUGAACCGCUUGGGACAAAGUGGCACUGCCCCCCUGGAGCACUGCACAGACAUCUAUCAGAGUCGCUGCGAAGCCUUUGGAUGGAAUACCUACCUAGUGGAUGGUCAUGAUGUGGAGGCCUUGUGCCACGCAUUUUGGCAAGCAGCUCAAGUGAAGAACAGACCUACUGCUGUCAUCGCCAAGACCUUCAAGGGUCGAGGUAUUCCAAACAUUGAGGAUGCAGAAAAUUGGCAUGGAAAGCCAAUGCCCAAAGAGAGAGCAGAUGCAAUUAUCCAGUUAAUUGAGAGUCAGAUACAGACCAACAGGAAUCUCAUGCCCCAGCCCCCUGUGGAAGACUCACCUCCGAUCAGCAUCACUAAUAUAAAAAUGACCUCUCCGCCUUCUUACAAAGCUGGUGACAAGAUAGCUACUCGGAAAGCAUGUGGUCUGGCUCUGGCUAAGCUAGGCCAUGCACAUGAAAGAGUUAUUGUUCUGGAUGGUGACACAAAGAACUCCACCUUUUCUGAGAUAUUCAAGAAAGAACACCCUGAGCGUUUCAUAGAGUGUUUUAUUGCUGAGCAAAACAUGGUUAGUGUGGCACUGGGCUGUGCCACACGUGGUCGUACCAUUGCCUUUGCUAGUACCUUUGCUGCCUUUUUGACCCGAGCAUUUGAUCAGAUCCGAAUGGGAGCCAUCUCCCAAACUGAUAUCAACCUCAUUGGUUCUCACUGUGGAGUAUCCGUCGGUGAAGAUGGACCAUCUCAGAUGGCCCUAGAAGACCUAGCCAUGUUUCGGAGUAUUCCCAAUUGCACCAUUUUCUAUCCAAGUGAUGCUAUAUCAACAGAGCAUGCUGUUUAUCUGGCUGCCAAUACCAAGGGCAUGUGCUUCAUUAGAACCACCCGACCAGAAACUGCAAUCAUUUAUACUGCACAAGAAAAUUUUGAGAUUGGACAGGCCAAGGUAGUCCGCCACAGUGUUAAUGACAAGGUUACAGUUAUUGGAGCUGGAGUUACUCUACACGAAGCCUUAGCAGCUGCUGAUGAUCUUUCUCAACAAGGUAUUUCUAUCCGUGUCAUUGACCCAUUUACUAUUAAACCCCUGGAUACAGCCACUAUUAUUUCCAGUGCAAAAGCCACAGGUGGCCGGGUUAUCACAGUAGAAGAUCACUACAGAGAAGGUGGUAUUGGAGAAGCAGUCUGUGCAGCUGUCUCCAGGGAGCCUGGCAUCCUUGUUCAUCAGCUGGCAGUGACAGAAGUGCCUCGAAGUGGGAAACCCAGUGAAUUGCUGGACAUGUUUGGAAUCAGUGCCAAACAAAUCAUAGAGGCUGUGAAAUAUACUUUAAUGAGCUAAAUUAGCUCAUUUUUUAACAAAUCUGUUGACUUUGGUCUUAAAACACUAGUGGUUUUAUAGUGAAUUUAUACUUGUUACAAAACCAUCUAUACAGUUGUACUGGUUUUAAAAAAGCAAAGCCACUUAACACAAUUACUAAUUCCAAAACUCAAGUUAUUGAACUUUCUGCUAAACUCUAAUAUGUAAAUGUCUAUCUCGUUUUUAAAUCUUUAAAGUGAGUCAUAAACAUUUUAAGUUGUAGAAUAGUAAAUAAAGCAACCACUUAAUAUAAAGUUCUUUGAUAAGACUACAAAUAAUUGACUGGGCUGGGUAUGAAUCUAGAGGUAACUGCUUCUUAAAAAUGUAUAAUUUCCUUAUAAAUUAAGAAAAUGUGAAUUUUAGAUUUUAAUAGCCCAGAUUAUAAAGCAAACUUGAACUUUCAUAAAAUGCCAUCACCAUGCUGUGCCCGAAGUUUCCCAGAUGAUAUUUUACUGAAGUUUCCUUGGAAUUUCCUUUGAAGUUCAUCUCCACUCUACAGUUUAAGACAGAAGAACAACAGCAAAAUCUCUUAUGAUGCAUCACGCUGUUUGUGGUGAAUAUUGUGUAAAGAAAUGAAAACAACUAUUUCCAGUGUGUAUGCUACGUGCACUUUUUUGUGUGAAAAUUCAGAAAUGUUUCACUUUUUUGUGAUUAAAACAGAUUGCUAAUUUUAUUAUAUUUAUCUAUAUAAUAAAGUGUUUUAAAAUAAACUACA